AAGAUGGUUAUGAAACACACACUAACACACCCACGCUGAGGUGCUCAGACUUCUGCACACAACUUCACUGCCAAACAAGGAACUGCAUCUCCAGUUGUUUAGAGACAGGUUUUCUCAGAGAGAUGUGGAACUGGAUUAAGGACGCAGAGCUGGAUGUUCAGACUUGUGGAGUGUUAUUAUUUUAGUAUUCUGUGAACUGUUGAAGAAAAUGUCUCACACAUUUGUUUUUUUCUGUUUGUGUUUGUGGCACCUGGUUGGUGUGUCUGCUGUUAAGAUGGAUGACAUGAAGUCAGAAGAAGUGAUGGAGGGAGAUUCGGUCACUCUACACACGGAUGUUACUGAAAUACAGAGCAAUGAUCUGAUUCUCUGGACUUUUGGACCUAAAGACACACACUUAGCUAAAAUCAGCAGAGCACAUCAUGAGAUUUUUCAUGACAGUGUUGAUGGGAGAUUCAGAGACAGACUGCAUCUGGACAAUCAGACUGCAUCUCUGACCAUCACAAACACCAGCACAGAACACUCUGGACCGUAUAAAAUAGAAAUCGUCUCUGAAAACAGGGUCUCAAGCAAGACUUUUAGCGUUACUGUCUAUGCUUCUCUCUCCAUUCCUGUCAUCACCAGCUACUCUCCAUCAUCUGAAAGACCAUCAAGCUCCAGAUGUGUGUUGCUGUGUUCAGUGAUGAAUGUGACACAGGUGACUCUCUCCUGGUACAAAGAAAACAGUUUACUCUCCUCCAUCAGUAUCCCAGAGCUCAACACCACCAUCUCUUUACAUCUGGAGGUGGAAUAUCAGGAUAACAACACCUACAGCUGUGUGAUCAACAAUCCCAUCAGUGACCAGGCUCAACAUCUCAACAUUUCUGAUUUCUGUCAGCCACAGAAAAGUUCUUGUAUUCACCGUGUCCACAGUUUUACUGAAGAUGUGAUCCGAUUGGUCAUCUCUGUCCUGGUGGGUGUGGCUACUGUUACUGUACUGAUUUAUGACAUCAAAUCCCGAAGAGUGUGAUAGGACAGGAGAGCAAAUACGUCACAAAAGCACCUCUGAUUAGUCCUAUUAUUCUUCUUACAGUUUUCCCUAUCAUGUUUUGUUUGUUCAUCAUCGGUACAUUUUUCUGACAUUUAUUAUUACCCAUGCCAUCAUCAACUCACCCAAUCACAGAAAUGAUGCCAUGUCUAAGAAAAGGAAAAAAAUAUUUGUUUUUUAUUUAUGUAAUUAUAGCUUGUAUUGGUUCCCAUGUUUUAUUGAAUUUGUAUAGUAUACUGUAUUAUAUAACAUUGCUUUAGGUCAAAUAAAAAAAAAAAAAAAAUGUUUUAUAUAUGUUCUUUUUAAAUAGGUUAUCACAGAGCUGAUUUGCACACAAGUUGUUCAUAAAUGUGUAACUUACUGAUUUGGCCUUGCAGCACAGUAGCUACCUAAAUGUAGAUUUUUGCAUUUUGUUGUCUUUACUGUAUUAUUACAUUCAUGUUUAUUAAAAUAUAGACAGGGCUGAAGAUUUUCCUGCUAUAUUGUGCAGUUCAGUGGUAAGAAAUAAAUCUAAUGUUAGCUUUGGCGAGUUGUAAUUCAAUUGAAUGUAUUCCUAAAUGUAUAAUAUCUGUCAAUAAAUGUCUUCAUUAAAAAAAAUAGAAAAAUAAAAGAAA